GAAAAUGUUUUCCUAAAAAUGCCUUUAAAAAUAACGAACCUACUCUCAUAUAUCUCUUCACUGAUAUUCCCCGCCGCCAGAUAAACCUCUCACCACCACUGUGUCCCAAACAAGCCUCGCCUUUCUCUUCUGACGCAAGCCCUCUAUUGCCUUCUAGUUUCCGACACACCAGGAAACCGAAUAGGGUAUUGGGAAUCAAGUUCGUGCAAAUGGCGGGGAAAUCUAAUAAGGGAAGGAAUCGGAGAGGGUCACACAAUUCAACCACUUGUUCAGAGCAAGCUGUCUCUUCUGAUGCUCCCUUGAAGGACAAUGUAACUGCUUCCAAGCCUCCUAAUGUUGACUCUAAUGGAGUUCCAAACACGGUUGAAUCAUCUGGUUCCAAGUCAGAGUUGACAGAGUCUGAAGCUUUGAAUUCAUCAAGCCAACCAAAGCAAGGGGACCUUCACCUUUACCCAGUGCCUGUUAAAACACAAAGUGGGGAACGGCUUGAACUGCAGUUGAAUCCUGGAGAUUCUGUCAUGGACAUACGACAAUUUCUUCUUGAUGCCCCCGAGACCUGUUACUUUACAUGCUAUGAUUUACUGUUGCACAUUAAGGAUGGUUCAACUCAUCAUUUAGAAGAUUAUAAUGAAAUUUCUGAAAUAGCUGAUAUUACUCUCGGUGGUUGCUCCUUGGAGAUGGUUGCUGCAUUAUAUGAUGAUAGAUCUAUCAGAGCUCAUGUUCACCGCACAAGAGAUCUGCUUUACCUUUCUACACUUCAUGCCUCACUCUCGACUUCGCUUGCAUUGCAGUAUGAGAAUGCCCAAAGUAAAGCUCCCAAUUCGGGAGAUGCCACAAAAACUGAUGUUCCAGAGCUUGAUGGCCUGGGCUUUAUGGAGGAUGUUACUGGAUCAUUAGGUAAAUUGCUGUGUACACCUUCGAACGAGAUUAAAUGUGUUGAGAGUAUUGUUUUUUCAUCCUUCAACCCUCCACCUAGCUAUCGAAGGCUUGUAGGGGAUUUGAUCUAUUUGGAUAUAGAAACUUUAGAGGGUAAUAAAUACUGUAUUACGGGAACCACAAAGAUGUUUUAUGUCAAUUCAAGCACGGGAAAUGUUCUUGACCCCAGACCAAGCAAAGCUGGUUAUGAAGCAACAACUCUUGUUGGACUCCUGCAGAAAAUUAGCUCUAAGUUCAGAAAAGCUUUCCAUGAAAUUAUGGAGCGGAAGGCCGCUGCACAUCCUUUUGAAAAUGUUCAAUCUCUGCUUCCACCAAAUUCAUGGCUGGAAUUAUAUCCAGUUCCUGAUCACAAACGUGAUGCAGCCAGAGCAGAGGAUGCAUUGACUCCUUCAUAUGGGAGUGAGUUGAUUGGCAUGCAAAGAGAUUGGAAUGAGGAACUGCAAUCUUGUCGAGAAUUUCCACAUACAACCCCUCAAGAAAGGAUCCUGCGGGAUAGGGCUCUCUAUAAAGUGACCUCGGACUUUGUUGAUGCAGCAAUUAGUGGUGCUGUUGGAGUCAUCAACAGAUGUAUACCCCCCAUAAAUCCAACUGAUCCUGAGUGCUUUCACAUGUAUGUUCAUAACAACAUAUUCUUCAGUUUUGCUGUUGAUUCGGAUAUGGAACAACUGUCAAAGAAACGUGCAGUAGAGACUAAUUCAAGUUCUGAGAGCGAAAAUGAAGCUGCUUCAUCUGAGAUGUUGCCUGGAGGUAGAAUGGAUUCAAAUGAGGAAAGAUGUCGUAGAUCUAGCAUAGGGGAAAGUGAUAGUAUAACGGAAUUGGCUCAAGGGUCUGUUGAGACACCGUCGGCUGAGAGUGAGCAGGCUACAUAUGCUUCUGCAAAUAAUGAUUUGAAAGGAACAAAGGCAUAUCAGGAAGCUGAUGUCCCUGGGCUUCAUAACCUUGCCAUGGCCAUAAUUGAUUACAGAGGUCAUAGAGUGGUGGCGCAGAGUGUCUUACCUGGCAUUCUCCAAGGGGAUAAAUCAGAUUCUCUCCUUUAUGGAUCUGUUGACAAUGGCAAAAAGAUUUGCUGGAAUGAAGAUUUUCAUUCAAAGGUGCUUGAAGCUGCCAAACGCCUUCAUUUGAAGGAGCACACAGUACUUGAUGCAUCUGGGAAUGUUUUCAAAUUGGCUGCUCCGGUGGAAUGCAAGGGCAUUGUUGGUAGUGAUGACAGGCAUUAUCUUCUGGAUUUGAUGAGAGCGACUCCUCGUGAUGCAAACUUUACCGGACCUGGAUCCCGAUUUUGUAUACUGAGACCAGAACUAAUUACUGCAUUUGUCCAGGCUCAAGCUCCUGAAAGCUCAAAAUCUGUGCCUAAAUGUGAGGGAGAAGUUAAUGUGGCAACUGAUUCUUCAAAAUCUGAGGGAGAGGUUAAUGUGGCAACUGAUUCUUCAAAGGCUGCUGUUGUUGAAACUCCAGUAGUGACUGAGUCUCAUGAAGCUGCAACUUCUGGUGAUAACCAGGGUAUAACCAAUGAAGAUAAUAACAAGGCUGGUACGGAAUGUGCUUCUGCAUCUGUUAAAAGUUGUGAAACGAAUGAGGAGAUAUUAUUUAACCCCAACAUUUUCACUGAAUUUAAAUUGGCUGGGAGUCGAGAAGAGAUAGUGGAAGACGAAGAAAAUGUGAAGAAAGCUAGUUCUUAUCUUGUAGAUGUUGUACUUCCUAAGUUUAUACAAGACCUUUGCACGCUGGAAGUUUCACCCAUGGACGGUCAGACACUAACAGAAGCACUUCAUGCACAUGGGAUUAAUACUCGAUACAUUGGAAAUGUUGCCAAUGGAACCAAACAUCUACCUCAUCUAUGGGAUCUUUGUUCUAAUGAGAUUGUAGUCCGGUCAGCAAAGCACAUCUUGAAGGAUGUUCUGAGAGAUACAGAAGAUCACGAUCUGGGUCCUGCAAUCUCACAUUUUUUGAGCUGUUUCUUUGGAAGUUGCCAAUCUGUUGCUGCAAAAUUGACUUCUAGCUCACAGUCCAAAAACCAUAAGAAAGAGCAAGCAAGUCAUCACUCAUCAGGCAAGACGUCUAAGGGACAUGCUAGAUGGAAGGGUAAAACAUCUGCGAGGAAGAAUAUUUCCUCUUAUAUGAAUGUCAGCUCUGAAAGUUUAUGGUCUGAAAUUCAGAUAUUUGCAAAGCUGAAAUAUCAGUUUGAGUUACCAGAGGAUGCAAGAUUACGGGUGAAGAAAAUUUCUGUCUUGCGCAAUAUGUGUCAAAAGGUUGGUAUAACUAUUGCUGCUCGCAAGUAUGAUUUUAACACCGCAAUGCCUUUCCAUACAUCAGAUAUCUUGAAUCUCCAACCUGUAGUGAAGCAUUCAGUUCCCGUAUGUUCAGAAGCCAAAGAUCUUGUAGAGAUGGGAAAGGUCCAACUAGUUGAAGGCAUGCUUACUGAAGCGUACACAAUGUUUUCAGAGGCUUUUUCAAUACUUCAACAGGUCACUGGACCAAUGCACCGGGAGGUUGCCAAUUGUUGUCGGUACCUUGCUAUGGUUCUGUAUCAUGCAGGAGAUAUGGCUGGGGCCAUAAUGCAGCAGCACAAAGAACUAAUUAUAAAUGAACGUUGCUUGGGUUUGGACCAUCCUGAUACUGCUCAUAGUUAUGGCAAUAUGGCCCUUUUCUACCAUGGCCUGAACCAGACUGAGCUAGCACUACGACACAUGUCCAGGGCACUGCUUUUGCUAAGCCUAUCUUCUGGCCCAGAUCAUCCUGAUGUUGCUGCAACUUUCAUAAAUGUUGCUAUGAUGUAUCAAGAUAUUGGGAAGAUGAAUACAGCACUUCGUUAUCUGCAAGAGGCCUUGAAAAAGAAUGAAAGGUUGCUUGGUGAGGAACAUAUUCAAACAGCUGUGUGCUAUCAUGCGCUUGCAAUUGCGUUCAAUUGUAUGGGUGCCUUCAAACUUUCACACCAGCAUGAAAAGAAAACAUAUGACAUUCUCGUAAAACAGCUUGGUGAGGAGGACACAAGAACAAGAGACUCCCAGAACUGGAUGAAGACAUUUAAGAUGCGUGAACUUCAGUUGAAUGCUCAAAAGCAAAAAGGUCAAGCUUUAAAUGCUGCUUCUGCUCAAAAGGCAAUUGAUAUCUUGAAGGCUCAUCCAGAUUUGAUGCAAGCAUUCCAAGCUGCUGCUGCAGCUGGAGGAUCUGGGAGUUCUAGUGCAUCUUUCAACAAGUCUCUUAAUGCAGCAAUGAUUGGUGAGACUCUACCUCGUGGACGAGGAUUCGAUGAAAGAGCAGCUCGAGCGGCGGCAGAAGUAAGGAAGAAGGCUGCUGCAAGGGGUCUUGUGACUCGCUCACAUGGAAUACCAGUUCAAGCUGUGCCCCCAUUAACUCAGCUUCUUAACAUGAUCAACAUGGGGGCGACUCCAGAGGCAGGAGAUGGCGGAGAAGCUUCUGGGGAGAAGAGGGAAGAAGCAAAUGGGCAUCAUAAUCCAAAUGGAGCAGUUGAUUCCAAAAAAGAUGAGUCAACAACAUCCACGGAAGGAGAAGCAGCACCUGUUGGAUUAGGCAAAGGCUUGGCUUCAUUGGAUGCUAAAAAACAGAAAACAAAACUCAAAGCCACAUCUUGAGUGGAUGUCUACUAUGAAACUUGUUCAAGUUUCAGGACUGUUUGUUAUUUUUUAACAAUUUUCAUUCAUGGUAAGUGAUGAAUUGGUACUCAAUUGCAAGUCCAGGGAGUAGCAUUGCCAGCAAGAACUCAAAAUUACAUAUAAUACCUUUUUUGUUUUUGCUUUUGUCCAAUAAUCUGGCAUGGCAGGCUCAGCUUGUUGCUAAGCACUGGGCAGCUUCUGAGGGGAAUAGGAAUUUAGCAUUGUCAAAUGAGUUGUUUUCCUUUUGGGCGUAUAAUUUUAGAAUUAUGUACUGAUCUUAUGUUUUUUUAAGUGUUUGGUAUUGGACUGUACUGAAA